AUGCCUGGAGAAAAGCAAGCAACUGGCGCCAAUGCCACUUCGAACACAACCACAACAACCUCGCGACAGCGGCCAGGCUCAGCUUGUGAAGAGUGCCGAAGACGAAAGUUACGGUGUGAUAGACAACCGCAAUGCGGCAACUGUGUCGAGAGUGGAGUCAUUUGCACGACAACGACCGUCCGCCCAGCUCGUGGGCCCAAGAAAGGCCAUCUAAAAGCCUUGAAAGGGAGAAUAGCUACGCUCGAGCGUUGCAUUAUGGAGCAGCAAGGAGGUAUUGUUUUACCAGGUAGUGAUGGAUCACUAUCUCCCGUCGAAGAAAGCCAACAGCCCUGUAGUUCAGACGGGGAGAAUGGACAAGAAUCGAAGCUGUUAGACAUGCGACGUCUCUCUCUUCCUUCCCCGAUAGAUCACCAAAGCUAUGGAAUUCCCGAACUUGUGCGAGCUGAUCUUGACCAAUUAUACUUCGAAAGAGUACAUCCUCUAGUUCCUAUCCUACAAAGAGCUCGAUAUUUUACAUGGGCAAAAUCUCCAACAAAAUCCGAUUCGCGCAGCUGCUUACAAUACGCCAUGUGGACGCUGGCCGCCUCACUCUCGACUCACUGCCAGAGCAUCCGAGACUCUUUAUACACAGAAACCAAAAAACGACUUGAAGCACUCGAGUCAAAGGAUAGUGAGAUUGAUCUGUUCGAUAUAGAACAAGCACAAGCGUGGUUGUUACUAGCCAUCUACCAGUUCAUGAGGACCACUUACCGCAAGGGGUGGAUGAGCGCCGGGCGGCUUUUCCGUCUUGUCCAGCUCAUGAGAUUAUAUGAACUUGACAGUCCAAAUGAAAUUGCAACACAGCUUAUUGAACCGGAUUGGGUUGAAGUCGAAGAGAAGAGACGAACAUUUUGGAUGGCAUAUACACUAGAUCGAUUCGCCAAUAUCCGAAAGGGAUGGCCCAUCACGCUUACAGAGCAGAUUCUUACACGGCUUCCCAUGCCCGAAGCUGAAUUCCAGGGGGGCCAGCUCAUGAUUAUGGGCUUCUUAUCUGACUCGCUUGCUGGAAGUGACUUUAACCUCACUCCGCAGUCGUCGUUUUCCGAAUGUAUUCUUCUAGCCACCAUCUGCGGCCGAACCUUGUCGCAUCGGCAUUUGUCCAUGGUGGAUGGUCUUUAUGGAACGAAUCCGCAGGAGUUCUGGAGUCGACACGAGUGGAUUGACACCGCAUUAUCAACUAGGAUCUCUAUGCUAUCAUUGACUUAUCCCUUUCAACUUGAACACAUGGACCCAAUGCUGCUAUUCACAAAAAUGAUUGCACAGGCAACCAUUUUGAGUAUGCAGAAAAUUAUCGAAUCUGUCACAUGGGACAGUGAUGAGUAUAGUAAUCUAGUUCUUGAAUAUGAGCAGAGAGCCCGACUUGCUUCCAAAGAGAUUGUUGAGUUGGCGAGAGCGCUUACUCAUUUGAGUUACUUUAAAGUGCACCCUUUCACACCAAUUCCAUUGUGUAUCUGCGCAGAAUUUUUGAGCACAAGGGAUCGCGAAAUCGAUCCAAAAAUUGAGACACAACUGCAAGAAGUGCUCGAUGCACUACAAUAUCUUAAGAACGUCAAUGCUCUUGCGAAAGAAAAUCCGACUGUAUCACUUUGGUCCGAACUCAACAUGGACCCUUUUGAUUUUGAUCGGAGAAAACGUUAA